GGGCCCGUUGACAGAGGCACCGGGCCCGUUGACAGAGGCAGGACCGGGCCCGUUGACAGAGGCACCGGGCCCGUUGACAGAGGCACCGGGCCCGUUGACAGAGGCACCGGGCCCGUUGACAGAGGCACCGGGCCCGUUGACAGAGGCACCGGGCCCGUUGACAGAGGCACCGGGCCCGUUGACAGAGGCACCGGGCCCACCGGGCCCGUUGACAGAGGCACCGGGCCCGUUGACAGAGGCACCGGGCCCGUUGACAGAGGCACCGGGCCCGUUGACAGAGGCACCGGGCCCGUUGACAGAGGCACCGGGCCCGUUGACAGAGGCACCGGGCCCGUUGACAGAGGCAUGCUGCUCUGUGGCGCGUAG